AUGAGCAGCAUUCCGCGACACGCGACGUGGCGACUGUCGCGCUCUUUGAGUAAGUCGCGCUGCUACUGGCUCCUCGAGUCUGCGGUCCCUACGCGCCCUCUGCCGCGAUUCACGCGCACGAGUAGACGCAAGUGUGUUACAUACCGCGCUAACUGUGUCACACCACACUCCAGACCCGCAACAGCGCAACCACAAACUAGUCGUCAAAUUAUUGGAUAUAUCAAAGAUGGCGGCAUUGUUCCAGACAACCAAAUUGAUUUCUUUAGUUUUCGUAUUCGCACGCUUCAUGGUGUAUCCGACUAUCAUGGACCCAAUUCUCUUCAAACUAAAGAAGCUAAGAAAUUGUUAGGCGGAGCUAUUCAAGACCUUAGCGAGGCAUUUGUCACAGCAUAUGAUGGUUCGGUAUUAGUGACUGUCGUAAGCACGAAUGUCGCCCACACUCGCCGCCAGCCACGAUCUGUUUCUACACAAGACCUUAAUUACACUGAUAGAAAAUGGCCAUUUGACUGGUUAGAUACAAGCUCCAAUUUGAAAAAGAAUCGUUACAAAUUUAAAAAGUCAGAUGGAACUGCCGAUUACGAAUGGAUGAGUCGGGCGAUCUUAGAUCCCAAUAAUGCCACGGAACCGUCUACGCCAUCAAAUUCAUCAGAUACAACAAAUAAUACUAAUACAGCAACUGACGAAUUUGAAGUCGACUACCCCGCUAUAUUUAACAUAUUUCUAUGGUUUGGAAUCAUCAUGACAUUCUCUUUGCUUGCUAUAAUGUAUUCUAUGAUGGACAUGGACCCAGGCCGCGACUCCAUUAUCUAUAGAAUGACUAAUACAAGAAUGAAGAAAGAUAAUUAAAUAAGUUGUAAAAUUACAUCUUUAUCAUCAGCCUAUAAGUGCGCACUAUUGAAUAAAGCUUUUCUCAUAGGUCAGAAGGUUUGAGCAUAACAACCACAUUACUCAUGGCAGAUGGCGAUUAUUAUUAUCUAUGAUUAAGAUUUUUAGAAGAUAUUUGAAAGAAGAUAAACAUAUCUAGGUAGGUAGAUAUGUAUAAAAAAUAUAUAGGUA